UAUUACAGUGAAAAUGCAACCUACACGAAAGGAAGUGUUUUUUUUUUUUAAAAAAUGUGGAAUCGAGUGUAUUCAAUUGUUUAUAUUCGACACUAAACCAAUAACUACAAGAUACCGUGCUUUAAAAAGCCAUUUUUUCUUAACAAAAAUAAAAUGUAAUCAAUAGUCUUGUGCUAUGAUUUCGAACGAACAUAACAACUAAUGGUUUUCGUUUACAGUUUUUAAUUUUAAGUGGUCGUCGUUCGUUUUACUGUCCGCUCCGAGAUUUGUGUUUUUUUUUUUUUUUGUUGAUAACUGUUGUUAAAAAUGUAUUUCAAAAAUAUAAUUACUAUUACAAUAUUAUUUUUAUUUUACUACAACUACACGACCGCGGCACCAAUUCGUCUAUCCGAUGACAUAGAAGCCAUCAAACAGUAUGUCUUUCAGGGAAACAAUGAAGGUGCUCCAAAAAUAGAAUUAAAAGAAUUUCCAAAAAUUCAGCAAAAAAUUGUUCAAUAUGAAACCCCGAGACGGAUUGGUCAACCUAUACGUACCAUGUUGUACACCGAUAAUCCGGAAAAACAACAGAUUGCUGAUUGUGCUUUAAGACAUCCUGAUAACAAAAAUUAUACUUGUGAACAAUUUUUUGAUGAACAGAGUUAAGUGAUUCGCGGUGUUGCUGAAAAACAUUUUCAUAUCCAUUUUUGUCUUAUCAAAUUCAAUUAAAAAUAUUUUAAUCUCUAUCUAUUUUUUUUUUCACUUAUUCAUUUGGGUAUAUUUGUGCUUACAGUGUAUACAUCAUA